UCAAACUUCCCAUCAUUCUGAUUACGGUAGUCAUUUUGUCACCCUCAUCAUGGCAAAGACACGGAGAAAUGCAUAUGAUGCAGCUUUCAAGUUGAAGGCGAUCGAUCUGGCUGUUGGAAAGGGAAAUAGAGCUGCUGCACGGGAGCUUGGCCUUAAUGAGUCGAUGAUAAGACGUUGGAAACAGCAGCGUGAGGAACUGACUCCGUGCAAAAAGACAACAAAAGCUUUCAGAGGGAAGAAAAGCAGAUGGCCCGAACUAGAAAAUGAGCUUGAAGACUGGGUCAACACACAGAGAGCAGACGGCCGAGGUGUUUCAACUGUGCAGAUCCGACUGAAAGCCAAAACAAUCGCCACCGCAAUGAAGUUUGAGGAUUUUAGAGGUGGACCAUCGUGGUGUCUAAGAUUUAUGAGACGUAAAGGCCUGUCCAUCAGGGUACGGACGAGUCUGGGUCAGCAGCUCUGAAGCUAUUCAACUCCCACACCGAAGGAGAUGACUUCAGUGGUUUCAGCCUAUUUAUUUUUGUUACAAGCCGUGUUUCGUUUAAAAGCUGUGUAAAGUUAAUUUGUUUCAAUGUACCGGUAGGCACCUGCGGCUUAUAGACAUGUGCGGCUUAUUUAUGUACAAAAUACAUAUAUUUUUUUUAAUUCAGUGGGUGCGGUUUAUAUUCAGGUGCGUUUAAUAGUCCAGAAAUUACGGUAGCUAAUAUUAGAUAGUUAAUCCAGAAAUGUUUACCUUUGUCUCGAUUCGGCAGAUUAACAGCUGUUUAGCAUUUCAUAUUUCUUUUGUUUUUUUGAGGGGGUGGGCUAAAUAUAGGGGAAUAUAUUGAUAAAAGUCACCUUGUCCUAGAGAGAUUUACAUGCUUAUCAAAACUUCACACCAAGGUAAGCUUACAUGAAACACAGCGUUUAUUUGAAGUGUUUAUAAAAUCCCCUAUUGGAAGAACGAUUGGAACCAUUUCCCUGUUUGACCACUAGGUUUUAUGGGUGUUAUGACUCAUACUGUGGUACUCUAUUUCGAUCAUCCAAUAGCAGGGUUUCCCAAACUCUGUACUUUGUUCAGAAAUGGACUACAUUUUCUUAGAUAAAAUGCCUAUUAUUCCCAUAUAAUGUUUGGACAAUAAAACAUUUAAAUAGGGGGUGGGAGGUCAUAUAAACACAAACUUACUUCCUUGACAACAGCUCUGCUAUGUGAAGCUCAAGAAGUAUGAUAUCCCUGACUUCUUAUCGGAUUGACCAUUUAUAACCUUUAAAAGGCUGUACAUGGUCAAUCCAAUGUCAGCAGUGGCUGUACAUAAUUUACUGCAUAGGGCCUAUGCAAAAGUCAGGGCAUUUAUAUUUAUUGUGCUUAGCUGAGAAGAAGGAAGUUGUCAAGGAAGUGAGUUUGUUUAUACUGGACCUCCUGCCUCCACAUAUCCUCAACCAAUCAUGUCAAUGCAGAGCUAUAUGGAGCCCUCCUCGUUGUUAAAAAUGGGCAGUGCAGGGUAGUACAGAGCUCAAAUUGGUCUCUACAUGCCUCCGGAGGCUCUGCAAUUGCGUCACACCAUCAGAUUAAGCAUGAAUUGCUUUAAGCCUUAUGUUCACCAAAUGUAUCAAACUCUUUAUGUUCUGGUGGAAGUCAUUCAUUGUCAAUGGAGCAGUACGCAACACUAGUUGGGGAUGCCGCAGUCACGCCAUAUGUCCACCAGGUGCACGGUGCAUUUUGCUAUAUGUUGUUUUUCAAGUUACAAGUUUUAAUGUCACAUGCACAAGUACAGUGAAAUGCCUUUCUUGCAAACUCAAAACACAGCAAUAAUCAAUAACAAUAACUAGAAAGAAAAACAAAACAAGAAAUAAGAAGAAAUAUGAAGAACACGAUAAGUAAGUAAGCAUACUAUAUACAGGGUCAGUUCCAAUACCAUAUGUAUAAUGUGCAGGGAUACUGGAAUAAUGGAGGUAGAUAUGUAUAGGGGUAAGUGACUAGGCAUCAGGAUAUAAGAUAAACAGAGUAGCAGCAGCUUGUAUGUGAGUGGGUGUGUGUAGAGUCCAUAUAAAUGUAUGCAUGUUAUGUGUGAGUGAGCAGAGGAUUGGUGUGUGUGUGUGUGUGUGUGUGUGUGUAUAGAGACAUAAAAAGGUAAAUGAGGAUACAAGGUUAACUCGUUUUUUGCCGGAUAUCUAGCUUCACAAGGCUGCAGAACAGUUUGCAGCCUGGUUCGACCAAAGUUAAUAAUUAGACUAGAUUCAAGUUAUUCUCCUAUGACCUACUCGUUUCAUAGGCUGCACGCAAGGGCGCAUUACAACAAUUAAUCUAGUUUGUUUAUAUUCUUCUGUCACAUUCAUCUCUAGCAACAUGUUCCCAUUUAGCAGGGUUCAAAACUAGAUUCUGCCCGCUGGCCAAUUUUUUUCUUGAGCAGAUGGUCGGGGGGCUGGAACGUAAUUACAAAUCAUUUGUAGAUCGCAAAUUGACCGCAAGAAGCCCAAACAGAUAUGUUUGACUAAAAUAUAAUAAUUUCAAACCUUGCUUUGUAUACGAUCAUGUCAUGUCUCUAGUAUGCGUGGGAAUACUUGGGAACGGAUUCCUUAAAUAAAAAUCACUUGGAGCUGAUUUCCUGGUGUUGUUUUUUGCUCAAAAAACCUGGAGGGCAAAAUCAAAUCGCCAACGUGCAUUGCGGGCCGACAGCUGGGGAACCCUGCCAUAUAGAAUACUGAUUUCAAAUCACUAGCUUGCCCUGUAUGAUGGCAUGCUAAAUUAGACAGAACAGUUCUGUGCAUAUUCAUUUUGCAUGGCAUUCUUUUGGUUUACUAGAGUCAAAUUUCCAAUCCAUCAGCUGGUACCUUCACCUCUCUAACUACAAAAUAGUCAUUAUCAUUUGGCCUCUGUACAUUGUGUCACAGUAAAAAGGUGUCCAUUCUACUCAGGACCACUUUUAGUUGCUACUAAUUUGAGUGGCCCAUCAAUUUAAAUCCAAUCUUUUUUUCAUAUUGGACAUACAUAUUGCAGCAUAAAAAAUGAUCUGUACAUUGUGUCACAGUAAAAGGGUGGGUCCAUUCUACUCAGGAGCACUUCUACAAUAGUUUCCAAAUCUACAGAGUUUACACCCGGAGGAUCGUAAUAGUUUUAUGUAUGUCCAAUAUGAAAAAAAAAUACUGGAUUUAAGUUUACGUGCAACUUUAUAAGGGCUGCCAAAUGAGCAGUGACACUCAUCUGGGUGUUAACUCUGGAUUUGGAAACUACAAGUGCUCAUGAGUUCCCCUUUUACUGCGACACAAUGUACAGGUAAUGUUGUACGGCGCAAUAAAUGAUAGGAGUACACACCCCAAAAAACAUUGUUGACCAUUUAGGCUUGAAAAAAAUAAAAUGACAAUAUCUUAUAGAAAUACUUUUAAUUAUUCUUUGUAUGAUAAUUAGUAUAGAAUAUUGAUAAUUGUGCCAAAAUUAGCAAAGUAUACAGGUUUGGACUUUUAUUCUGAAGAAUUCCAAAAAUCCGUGACCCAGAAGUAGUUACCGUAGUUAAUCUUGACCGUUUGGCACAUCUGUGAAGCAAGCAAGAAUAACUUAAGUACUUUUGGGUCACCGAUUUUGAAAUCUUUCAGAAUAAAAGUCACGUUCAGACAUUGGCUUGACCAUGUACAGCCUUUUAAAGGUUGUAAAUUGAUAAUCCGAUAAAUACAGCAUUUACUGUGAUAUGGCCUCUGCAGAAGUCAGGUAUUUCAUACUUCUUGAGCUUCACAUAGCGAAGCUGUUGUCAAAAGGAAGUAAGUUUAUAUGACCUCCCGUCCCCGCCGACCAUCAACCAAUCAUGCCAACGCGGAGCUUUACAUGCAUGAACAGAGCCCUUUACAUUGUUACAACAUUUAGGAGGAGCACAGAUGUGGUGUGGAGCUUGAUAUUGAAACCUCCCGAGGCUUCGCAAUUAUGCCACACCCUCCGGAAUCGCAUUGCCAGAUCAAUCAUAAAUUGGCUUUCAUUAUUCUUGUUGGCGGAACUGAGGUGUUGCAAUGUAGAUGUGAAUCAGGAAAUGACAUAGCCAGGUCUUCCAUGUUUACGCAGAUGUAUGUUUCGCUAGUUUCUUCGAGGAGCUGUGCAGAGUGAAAAUGCAAAGGACUUGACUUCUGUAAAGUUAUAACUCACCGGCAUUGAUAUAUCCGAAGUUAACGUCAUAUGCAUGGCAAAGCUUAAGAACCUUGUUCGGUAAUUCAAAUUAAGACUCGUUUUAGCUGGCGACAUAUCGUUGCUACUAGCUGGCUAACGUUACCUAGCUAGCUUUCCCCACAACAAGGAGGCGGCAGAAGUAGCUAAUGCAUGUUGGCUAGCAAGCCUCUGAUCCGUUUUAAGUAUAUUUUGGUGGACCUAUAUUGUGAGUGAGUGACAAUAAGAGCUAGUCGUUUUUUGCCGUUGGAAGCAAGUCAUGGCUGAAUCCCAGAAAGCGGACCAGUCAGAGCAUACAGGCGAGCCAAACAAGGAGAUGGAGCAGCCAGCUCAGGCUGGAGCAUCAGUGGAUUCUGUGGGCCCAGGAGCAUCACGCAACAAUGCACCAACAGCCUCGGCAGAUGGAAACAGUGGGGAUGAUGCUACCAAUGCAGUCAGUGCAAGUACCUCAACUAUAGACGGGACAGGGGAUGCUGGUAAUACAGAAACUGUGAAGGAAUCCUUUGUAGAGAAUUCAAAGACAGUGGAAGAAAUGAUAACAGAUGCCUUGCUGACUGUGGGAGAAAUGGCCAGUGAAGAGGAUUCACAGAGAGGAAGAGAAACAGCCAGUGUAGAUGGUUCACAGAAGGAGAGAGAAACAGCCAGUGUCGAUGAUUCACAGACGGAAAGAAAAACAGACAGUGUAGAUGGUUCACAGACGGAAAGAGAAUCAGCCAGUGUAGAUGCGUCACAGACUGAAGAAGAAACAGACCGUGUGGAUGCUUCACGGGCGGAAGGAGAAACGGCCACCGUGGAUGCUUCACAGACGGAAAGAGAAACAGCCAGCGUGGAUGCUUCACAGACGGAAAGAGAAACGUCCAGCGUGGAUGCUUCACAGACGGAAAGAGAAACGCCCAGCGUGGAUGCUUCACAGACGGAAAGAGAAACGUCCAGCGUGGAUGCUUCACAGACGGAAAGAGAAAUGGCCAGCGUGGAUGCUUCACAGACGGAAAGAGAAGCGGCCAGCGUGGAUGCUUCACAGACGGAAAGAGAAGCGGCCAGCGUGGAUGCUUCACAGACGGAAAGAGAAGCGGCCAGCGUGGAUGCUUCACAGACGGAAAGAGAAGCGGCCAGCGUGGAUGCUUCACAGACGGAAAGAGAAGCGGCCAGCGUGGAUGCUUCACAGACGGAAAGAGAAGCGGCCAGCGUGGAUGCUUCACAGACGGAAAGAGAAGCGGCCAGCGUGGAUGCUUCACAGACGGAAAGAGAAGCGGCCAGCGUGGAUGCUUCACAGACGGAAAGAGAAGCGGCCAGCGUGGAUGCUUCACAGACGGAAAGAGAAGCGGCCAGCGUGGAUGCUUCACAGACGGAAAGAGAAGCGGCCAGCGUGGAUGCUUCACAGACGGAAAGAGAAGCGGCCAGCGUGGAUGCUUCACAGACGGAAAGAGAAGCGGCCAGCGUGGAUGCUUCACAGACGGAAAGAGAAGCGGCCAGCGUGGAUGCUUCACAGACGGAAAGAGAAGCGGCCAGCGUGGAUGCUUCACAGACGGAAAGAGAAACGGCCAGCGUGGAUGCUUCACAGACUGAAACAGCAAGUGCGGAUGGUUCACAGAAGGAAAGAAAAACAGCCAGCAUAGAUGCUUCAGAAACAGCCAGUGCAGACGCUUCACAGACGGAAAGAGAAAGGGCCAGUGCUGAUGCUUCGCAGGCAGUCGGAGAAACCGUUGGCUCAGAUGCACCCCAGACUGUGGAAGAAACAGGCAAUACAAAUGCUUCACAGACUAAUGGUGGAACAGACAGCACAGACAUACCUCUGGACAUGGGAGUAGUGGAUGCCGAUGAUGAGAUGGAGGUCAAUGCUAUCAAAGUGGAGGAGGAACAGAUGCAGGAGGAACACAACUUGGAGGGGAUGCCCGUGAUAACUGCUGUGGAAGAGGGAAGCGACAUGGACGCUUUUAGCAGCAACUCCCUGGAUCAUGGGGAUGAAGUGGAGAAGAUGGACACCGGGACAGAUGCACUGACAGAGAAGCAACGAGAGAAGCCCAGUAAGCCCAAGGACACCGAGCAACCUGCUGAGCAGACCAGCUUUGAGGAGGCUAGCGGCUCGUCUCCACCUAUGGAGGGGGACCAUUCUGAAGAUGUCAAACCAUUUCACCCCAGUCCCACCUCUAGCGAAGCUUUUCUCCCACAGAACAGUAAAGGCUCUGACAGUCCUGCAGGGCUGGAGAAUGGAGUGACAGGACAGCCAGUCAAAGCUGUGGAUUCUGCCCAGCCGACAGCAGAGCCUGUGUCCACCAGCGUUGACACCCUCUCCAUGGUGAAUGUGAAGGAUGAGCCAGUAGAUGAGGAGUAUGACCAGGCCCUGGCUCCAGUCGUCCUCACAGAGGGCGUCAAGGAUGAACCAGACGCAGCGGAGGAGUUGAAAAUCAGUAACGUCUUCUCUGUGGGCGGCGCCCCUACCCCAAUCGCCACAUCCAUACCAGUGACCUCCCUCUCCAAGACUGUAAUGCCUCCCUUGACCCCGGCCGCCUCCUCCAUCCCUCCGCUGAUGCCCAUGGCUAUGCGGGUGGCCUGCUCGGCCUGUAACAAGGUGUUACUGAAGGGCCAAACAGCCUACCAGAGGAAGGGCUCCUCGGACCUCUUCUGCUCCACGUCCUGUCUCACCUCCUAUAGUCCCCCGUCUGUCGUCAAGACUACUGCCCCCUGCCCAGCCAAGAAACCCUGCCACUACUGCCUCAAGGAGAUUGCAAACCCCAAGGACGUGAUCACAGCUCCUGUGGACACCAUGGGCACGGUGAAGGACUUCUGUAGCCAGACCUGCCUCUCCUCCUUCAACUUCAAGAGGAACUCUGCCGUCUCCACCCUCUCCUCCUCCCUCUCCACCAUGACUGGGGCCGUCAAGUGCAGCAUGUGCAAAAAGGCCUGCAUUAGUAAACACGAGGUGAUCUUCCAGGGCAGCAUGCACAGGCUGUGCAGUGAGGUGUGCUUCACGCGCUUCCGCUCCACCAACAAGCUGUCCAUGAACAGCUGUCAGAGCUGCAACAACUACUGCUAUGGCAAGGUCACAGUGCUGGUCAUGCAGGGGGUCAAUAAGACCUUCUGCAGCGCCGGCUGUGUCACCACCUUCAAACAGAAAGCUAAGAAGUCUGUGGCAUGUACUAUGUGCCGCAAGUUCCGCGCACCGGUGGAGAUGGUCGACAGCGCGGACUCUGAUGGCAAGCUGGAGAUGUUCUGCUCUACUGGCUGUGUUACAGCCCACAAAGUACAGACCAUCAGCUCCUCAGGUGCUCAGGUAGAGUGCAACACCUGUGGUCAGAAGACGGUGCCCUCCUUCCACCUGGCCAUGUCGGACGGCUCCAUCCGGAACUUCUGCACCAUGAACUGUGUCGUCACCUUUCAGGAUCAGUUCAAUAAGAGCAACUCCCAGAGCCAGAUGAACGUGACCCCGGGGACAGGGACCACCGCGGCACCGGGCCAGACCAGGGACAGGGGAUCCCAAGGGACCAGACUGCCCUGCUUCCAGUGCCACCGCCUAUUCUCCUCCAAGCCAGAGCUCAUUCAGUUCAAGGAUAAGAUGGUAUUCCUCUGUUCGGUAAAUUGCUCCGAGGAGUACAGAAAGAUCAACUAUGAGAUGGCGCGCUGCGAGUACUGCAAGAUUGAGAAGCCAGCCAAGGAGGUCAAGAGAAUCAACAAUAGGGACUACACCUUCUGCAGUGAAGGCUGUAAGCUGCUCUACAAGCACGACCUGACCAAGCGCUGGGGGAAACACUGCAGAACCUGUGCCUACUGCGCCUCUACCGCGCAGGAGGCCGUCACGGGCCAGUACGGAGGCAAGGUGGAGGAGUUCUGCUCAGAUGAGUGCAAGUCCCACUACACCCUGCUCUUCUGUCAGGUGGCCAAGUGUGACGCGUGCGAGCGCCAGGGGAAGCUGAUUGAGACCCUGCCGAUGCUGGGCGAGGUGAAGCACUUCUGCAACCUCCAGUGUCUGCUCGACUUCUGCAGCCUGCAGACCCAGAACCAGGGCAAGCCCCAGGGCCAAAAGGUGGCCAUGUCAAUUGCUCAAUCCCCCUCCAAUACUACCACUGCUACGAGCGUGUCUGAUCCCGUCAUCGCCAACGUAGUCUCACUAGCCAGCUCCCCCAUUGGCCAGCCCAACUACACCACUGCUCUGCAAGGGACUGUUCCAAGAAGACAUGUGAAGUAUGUUGGAAAUGCCAGCACACAGACCCAGGCCCCUCGGGCCCCUCCACCCAAGGUUCAGAAGAACAAGGCACUACUCUGUAAACCUAUGGUCCAGAACAAGGGCAUCAUGUGUAAACCCAACUUCACCACCUCAGGGUGCCAGACAGAUGAUAAUUUCCCCAAGGUGAUCGUAGUGCCUGUCCCAGUACCGGUGUAUGUUCCAGUCCCCAUGAACCUGUACACCCAGUACGCCCCCCAGCCUGUUGGACUCCCCAUACCGCUGCCCGUGCCCAUGUUCCUGCCGGUGACUCUGGACAAUGCUGAGCGCAUUGUGGAGACCAUCCAGGACAUCAAGGAGAAGAUCCCCUCUGACCCGUUUGAGGCAGACCUCAUCCUCAUGGCCGAGAUGGUAGCUGAGGAGGGGAGGGAGAAGUCCCCGCAGCGACCCCCUGAAAGGCCAGCCCCAGCAGUACAAGAUGAUAUGAGAAGUUUGCCUCGCCUCUCUACUAUAGAUUCUUCUUUUUUAACCCUUAUUGUAGACCAGGGAAGCACCUACAGUGGAGACCUGGACACAGAAGAAUUGAGUAACUUCCUCACCUCUUGGCACGACGAGCCACCUCCCACCCCCGGCGUCUCCUCGCGCCACAGUCGACCCUAUUCCCACGAGACGCUCCGGCCCAUCAUGGACAUCCACACCCCCAUCACACCCCCACCCCCAAUCAUGGACAUAGAGGCCGACUUCCCUGUCCAAACCCUGGAGCUGAUGGCCCAUUGGAGGGAUCAGGAGAGGGAUAGAAGUCCCAGUCCUCCACCUUCUCCUCCACGACGAAGAGCCAGAAGGAAAGCUCGGGAUGGCUUGCCACAGAAGAAAAAGAGGCGUAAGUCGAAAGCAGCAGAGACUGCGUCAGUGGUGGCGUCACUGGGUGAGGCGCAGAGUGACGUGGUGCCUGGCGAGCCCCCUAAACUGCAGCACAUGUACGGGGUGGACGCCUGGAAGAGAUGGGUCCAGUGGAGCAAGACCCAGCCUGACCUGGAGAAGCCUCGAUUUGGCUCGCGACCAAUGGAGAUAAAAGAGGAUGUUUUAAAGUGCACUACAGCAGAGCUGGGCUACGGUCUCUGUCGGUUUAUUUGUGAAGUCAAACGACCCAACGGAGAGUCCUACAGCCAGGACAGUCUGUUCUAUCUCUGUCUCGGCAUCCAGCAGUAUUUAUUUCAGAAUGGGCGCAUGGAGAACAUAUUCACUGAUCUCUUCUAUGGCAAGUUCACCCUGGAGAUCACCAAGCUGCUGAAAGGCUUCAAACCUACCAUAACGGCCAGUGGCUACCUGCACUCGCGGGUGGAGGAGGAGUACCUGUGGGACUGUAAACAGCUGGGGGCCUACUCUCCCAUCGUGCUGCUCAACACGCUGCUCUUCUUCUGCACCAAGUUCUUCCAGUUCAAGACGGUGGCCCAGCACCGCCAGCUCUCCUUCGCCCACGUUAUGCGCUGCACCAAGUCCAUCCACGACAACACCAAGUCCAACUUCCUGCGCUUCUACCCGCCCAUCCCCAAGAAAGACCUAGCUACUGAGACAGCAGCGGAUGUAGAUGGUGUGGCAGCGAAGAGGAAGAGGGAUGACGAGGAGAAAGAGGAGGUGCUGGAGAUGAUGGAGAACAGUGAGAAUCCCCUCCGCUGUCCUGUCCGAUUGUACGAGUUCUACCUUUCCAAGUGCUCGGACUCGGUAAAGCAGCGCACCAACGUGUUCUUCCUGCUCCCGGAGCGUUCGUGCGUCCCCAACAGCCCCAUGUGGUUCUCCUCCCAGGGCCUGGACGACCACACCUUGGACACCAUGCUGACACGCAUCCUCACCGUCAGGGAGAUUCAUCUGGGAGACCCCCAGAGGAACAAGCCCCAGUCCAAGGACCCUGAGUGGGUCCCCGACCAACACGACGACAACUCGGAUUGACCAUGAGGACUGGUACACACACACACACACACACACACACACAAACACACGCACGCGUACAGUUAUAAGCUUUUGUUUACACACAAACACUACAUGUUGAUCCGUAAGGACUCCUAGGAUCCACCUUCAGCUGUGUGUGAAGAGGAGUGGGUUCACACAGUUCUAGACUGAGACGGUGUCAUGUACACACAUUGUGUAGGAGAUGUGUGUACAUGCAAAUUAUAAACAGAUGCUCAACUGCUCAAUGGAGACACUGUUCAUGCUGUCUGGUCACUACAAGGCAAAUGGACGGGAAAAAGUAGGAGGAAUCACUUUAAGAACUGCCAUACUGCCUUUGUCAGCAUUAUUGUGGUCGUAGAGAAAAACAAGUCCGGGUUAACAAGCUAUUUUCAAGUUCUUUAACGUCACCAUAGGAGAGAGACAAUGCUCUCCAGCCCUCUUCAACAUGGACUCCGAUUGGGGAAAUGGUCAAAAGCUUUUAAGAAUUUGGGAUCCCAUAUCUGACCAGGUCCUGUACUGCUGAAUUCAAUAUUCCCUCUUUCUUUAUUGGGUCACUGCAGAAAUGACGAUGGAUUGAAAUGAAUGCCAGUGAUUGCAAUGUCAUUCAGCCAUGUCAGCGAAGUUGUUUGAGAUUUUGUGUGUUAAAGGGAUUAGACUCGUUGUUUUGGGAAUGAGAUAAUAUUGUACGAACAACGAGUGAUAUAACUUGCUAUCAGUGGUGUUGUCCAUUGCCUACUAAAAUUGAUGGCUGGCAGACAUUCCUUGAGUUGACUGUUAUAUUGAGUCAUUUCAACUUGUUAAAAUGCUUGAUGUCAGUGCCCCUACACGCAUGUCUAAUGUUGAAGGAAAGAAAUGUAAUUCUGUGUUUCCUUAUGUAGAACACGUUUGUUAAUUUGGAAAGACAAGCAUUUACCUUGCAAGUGCUCCCCAUACUAGUUCAAAAUUGCAUUGAUUUUGUUCUGAGAAACUUUUUUUUAAUCAAAUAUUUUUAAAUAAAUACUGAAAAACAAAA